CGAACGUGUGUCUCUUGGUCGCUGGGCAAAACGAAGCGACAGUUGACAGACAGCACGUGGCGAACGGCGGACCAAAACGUGACCAAGGUCGUGACCGCCUUCCGAGGCGGCAUCCGGUGUCUACUGGUGAUACUAAGAAUGAGCCUGACCACCAACAGACCAAGCAAGCACGUUAUGGACAGUGGUCAAUGCCGACUGAUUACGGUAAACAAUCAAAACACGGUCGAUCGAUGCGAUCGGAUACGUACGCGAAGAGAUCCGCAAGGGGGCAACUUCUACACACUGUUCGAACGUGGUGACUUUCGACCAACACCAGCGCGAAGGCGAAGGGUGAAUGAAAUGUGA